AGCCCUUUGCUUCCCGUCGACGUCCCGUCCUCCCCUUUUUUUCCCAAUCCGGCUCCGCCUCUCCCCACCACCGCUUCCCUCGCCGCCCCCACUCCCCCACCCGCUUCCCCCGCAGGCCCUGCGCUGAUGCUUCUCCGCCCGGCCCCCUCCCCGCCGCCGCCCCGCUUCCCCGCGGCCAGCAGGAGCGCCGCCCCCGCCACCGCGCCCUUCUUCCUCGUGCUGCGGCGCCGGCAGCGCCGGCGCCGCCACCGCCCGCACGCCCGCCUCCGCGCCUCCCUCUCCGACCUCCUCGCCAGCCUCCCGGCCUCGCUCGCGCUCGUCGGCCCCGCGGCUGCGGCCGCCGCGGCCGCCGUCGUAUCCUCCAUCGCCCCCCCGUCCUCCUACCUCCGGAGCGGCCUCCCUCCCCCCAGCUCCCCCGAUCACGAGUCCGACGACGCCGCCGCCGCCGGCGAGUGGAUCCUCUUCACCAGCCCGACGCCCUUCAACCGCUGCGUGCUGCUGCGGUGCCCGUCCGUGUCCUUCGAGGACGGGGGUGUGCUGCUCGACGGCAUCAACGAGCGCCUGCUCACCCAGGACCGCCACUACGUCAACCUCAGCCGGGGCAGCAUCCCCGCCGCGCCCGCCGGGCAGGGCACCGGCGAGGUGUCCUACCAGCGGCUCUGCAUCCCCCUGGAGGACGGCGGGGUGAUCGCGCUUGACUGGCCCGCUAAUCUGGAUCUGGACAAGGAGCAUGGGCUCGAUUCCACGGUGCUCCUCGUGCCCGGCACCCCCGAGGGCAGCAUGGACAGGGGCAUCGAGAUGUUCGUGCUGGAUGCGCUCAAGAAUGGCUACUUCCCCAUUGUCAUGAACCCCAGAGGCUGCGGCGGAUCACCGCUUACUACGCCAAGGUUAUUUACAGCAGCUGACAGUGAUGACAUCUGCACAACGAUCCGCUUUAUAAACAGCAAAAGGCCAUGGACGACAAUAAUGGGUGUUGGGUGGGGUUAUGGUGCCAAUAUGCUGACAAAGUACCUUGUGGAAGCUGGAGAGUCUACUCCUCUUACGGCUGCUGUUUGUAUUGACAAUCCUUUUGACCUACAGGAAGCAACAAGAACAUUUCCUCAUAAUAUCGCUCUUGAUCAAAAGCUCACAGCUGGCUUGGUUGAUAUUCUGCGUGCGAAUAAGGAACUCUUUCAAGGAAAGGAUAAAGACUUUGAUGUCCAAAAGGCUUUAUCGGCGAACUGUUUGCGUGACUUUGAUGGAGCAAUAUCCAUGGUUUCACAUGGGUUUGCUAAUGUUGAUGACUUCUAUUCGGAAAAUAGCGUGAGGCCUUCAGUUGCCAGUUUGAAAAUACCUGUUCUCUUUAUACAGAGUGAUGAUGGGACUGUGCCACUUAUGUCAGUACCGCGUAGUUCAAUAUCAGAAAAUCCUUUUACCAGCCUUCUCCUUUGUUCUUGUGUACACUCAACUGGAUUCACCUUUGAGAGAUACACUGAAUUAUGGUGCCAGAAUCUUACCCUAGAGUGGUUGUCAGCAGUGGAGUUUGCUCUUCUUAAGGGUCGUCAUCCGCUUAUCAAAGAUGUGGAUAUCACCGUUAACCCAUCCAAAGGUCUAGCAUUCACCGUACCUCAACCGAAUGAUAAUAAGGUCCCCAAAGAGGACAAUUUUCAUGAGCAAGCUCAGUUUUUUCUCUCUAAUAAUUUUCCCCAUGGAAUAAAUGGGCUGCUCAAUGAUUCUGCAAAUGGAUAUUCUGGUGCUCAAAAUAGCAAAAAUGGCCUGUUAAAAGAUAAUGGUGAUAUAGGCAGAAUAAUCAAAGAGGCUGAUGAACAGGAGCCAGAAGAGAUUCCUGAAGAUAUUGAAAAAGGUCAUGUAUCUGGUGCUCAAAAUAGCAAAAAUGGGCUGUUAAAAGAUAAUGGUGAUGUAGGCAGGAUAAUCAAAGAGGCUGAUGAAGAGGAGCCAGAAGAGAUUCCUGAAGAUGUUGAAAAAGGUCAUGUACUACAAUCAGCAGGUCUUGUGAUGAAUAUGCUGGAUGCUACAAUGCCUGGCACUCUGGAUGAUGAUCAAAAGAACAAGGUUCUGGUGGCAGUAGAACAAGGUGAAUCUCUUGUAAAAGCUCUAGAAGAAGCUGUACCUGAAGAUGUGCGUGAAAAGCUUACGUCGUCUGUGACUGAAAUUUUACAAUCUAAACGACACAAUUUCAAUUUGGAUGCAUUGAAGCGCGGCUGGACCAAUGCAAGAUCAACCACCAAGACUGUUGUCCAAGAAAAGGUCAAAGAGUCAGACCAUGAGAGUGGAGCUAAGGAUGCCAAAAUUCUUGACCAGAACAGGAGUGUUACAUCCAUUGGUGAGGGAGACCAAAAAGAGACUAAUCUGACCUCAAACGACAACAAUUCUGCUGAUGGUAUCGAUUUAUCACAAGCAAAGCCUGUAGGAACUGGAAUCGAAAUGGGAAGUGAACAGACUCAACUCGAUAAAUCUGAGAAAGAUAACUCUGGAGUGAAUGAAAGCAGUGAAGAGAAGCAAGAGGCCGAUCAGGGCAGUGUAACAGAACCAAAGCAUCUUUCCAAUGAUCCAUCAACAGCCAACUCAAAAGGAACUCCCAGGGAGCAAGUGCAGUCGGCAGAUGUUACAGCAGAGCAGAAUCCACAGUCCAAUAUGGUAGACAAGGAAGUUGAUGUAGUUCAUGCCAAUGAAGAUACGGUUGCACUUAAUGUUGUUGAUCAGAGCACACAAAUCUCUAAAACAGAAGAAUCUAAACAUCCGUCAGUUAAUAAUGUGAGACAGGCAUUGGAUGCCUUAACUGAUUUUGAUGACUCGACUCAAAUGGCUGUCAAUAGUGUGUUCGGAGUUAUUGAAAAUAUGAUUGACCAGUUUCAAAAGCACAAGGACUCUGAGGACAGGGAGAAUUCUGCUGGAGCCACCGAUAAACCUCCUGUUGAUGAGACAAAGUCUGAUGUGAUGGUGGAUGUGGACAAUGAGUUAAGUGGAAAGGACAAAAAUCCAUCAUCAUCUGGUGAAUCACAACAUAAUACUUCUGUUAAAGCUCGUUCAAUCAUGUCUGAAGAUCAUAAUUUUAGUGAGAAAAAAUCUGAUUUGAACACUGUCCCACCUUCGAAAGGAAAAAUCAGAAAUUCUCAAAGAAAUAUACCUGGAAAUGAUGUUGAUGGUGAUGUUGCAAAGAUAGUGAGUGGCUCACCUGAUUACUUGUUGGACGUAGCUGCCAGUUCUUAUUUGAAGGUGCAGUAUGCUUUGUACCUUCAUGAAUAUCUUACAAGGCAACUGCAACUUGAGUCACCAGAUUUGAACUCGGCAACUGAUCUUUUCCUUGAUCCGCAAGAGGGUAAAUGGAAACUAGCAGAUCAAAUGGACAAUGUGCAAGGUGACAUUUCUAUAUCUGGAAAAUAUAGCUUCGUUAAUGAAGGGAUCAAGCAUGCAGAUUCCUCCCAAGCUCCACCUAGGACAGGCAAUGUUAUUUUGCCACCAUACUCAGCUCUGCGAAAUUUUGCAGACUCUGAAACCAAAAGGAAGGUAAUUGAGAAGUUGCCUGGUAAUGCUUUGAGACAGACACUCACAUACUUUAUUAGUGAUGAGUUAACAAAUACUCUCAAAACUGAAGUUGGUCGCAGACUGGGGAUAACAAAAGCUGAGAAACUUCAAAGAAGUCUUGCACAUGAUGUAGAACGACUCGCUACUCAAGUUUCUAGAACUAUUGUCCAUGACUCUGAGUUAUACAGAGCAACAUCUGUGCAGAGGAAUCCAACGACUGUGAAAUUUGGUGUGGUCCAUGGCGAAAAUGUUGUUGAAGCUGUAUCAACUGCAGUUCUGCAAUCUCAUGAUCUGAGGAAGGUUCUUCCAGUGGGUGUGAUAGUUGGCGUAACUUUAGCGUCCUUGAGAAACUACUUCCAUGUUGGUGUCUCUAAGCAUGACAACCUUACAAAAGCUGCGGUCAAGUCAGGAAUUUUGGAUGAGGAUCUUAUUGUUCAGGAUGCUGACGAAGGAAAUAUGGAUAAUCUUUCCACACAGAAAGAGGCAAAUGCUGAUCUUUGCACACAAAAAGAAGCAAAUACAGAUUAUUAUAUCGAAAAACCCGGUGAGCACAAGCAACAGGAGAUAACAAAGUCAGAUGGUAAAGGCAUGAUGGUUGGGGCUGUAACGGCUGCCCUAGGUGCUUCUGCAUUCGUAGCACAUCAUCAACAAAAGAAUGCUGAAGAGCAUGAUAGCAGCACACAGCAUAAUCUUGACGACACUGAACUGGAAAAGAGCCAGAACAACUUAGUGAGAAGCUUUGCUGAGAAAGCCAUGUCUGUUGCAGCUCCGGUGGUACCCAAGAAGGGUGGUGGUGAACUUGAUCACGAUAGGCUCGUUGCUGUUCUAGCUGAACUAGGGCAAAGAGGUGGAAUUUUGAAAUUUGUGGGGAAACUUGCUCUGCUCUGGGGAGGUAUUCGUGGUGCUUUGAGCUUGACUGACAGGCUCAUCUUGUUCUUACGUAUCAGUGAACGUAACUUAUUUCAGAGGAUCAUGGGAUUUUCCUUCAUGGUACUUGUUCUAUGGUCUCCUGUUGUGAUUCCUUUACUGCCAACUCUUGUUCAAAGCUGGACAAUAAGCGCUUCAACAGGAAUUGUUGGGGAUGCUUGCAUUGUUGGUCUGUAUGUCUCUAUAAUGAUACUUGUAAUGCUAUGGGGAAAAAGAAUACGUGGCUAUGAGAAUCCAGUUGAGCAAUAUGGGAUGAAUCUUGCAUCUUCAUCAAGGCUGCAAGAAUUUUUCCAAGGUCUUGUCGGAGGCGUGUCUGUCGUUUGGCUGGUGCAUUCGAUAAGCAUUUUACUUGGCUUUGCAACUUUUCGAGAAGGGACGCCUUCGUUCUUACCAUUUGAUCUUCUCAAAUCUUCAAGAAAUGUAUUGUUGCCAGCUCUUAGAGGGUUUAUCACAGCAACUAGCAUUUCUGUGGUGGAAGAAGUGGUUUUCAGAUCAUGGCUUCCAGAAGAAGUUGCAGUUGAUCUUGGUUACUACAAUGCUAUUCUGAUGUCUGGAGUUGCUUUUUCUCUGAUUCACCGGUCUCUACCUUCAGUACCAGGCUUCGUGCUACUUUCCCUGGUGCUUUUUGGGCUUAAGCAAAGAACGCAAGGGAAUCUCGCUGCACCAAUUGGCCUGCGAUCUGGAAUUAUGACUGCUAGUUAUCUCACACAAACCACUCGCAUUAUUGCAUUCAAACCUGAAACUCCAUUCUGGAUGAUUAGUACCUAUCAUCUUCAUCCGUUUGAUGGUGCGGUUGGCUUAAGUAUUUGUGCGUUACUUGCGAUCCUUUUCUUCCCUCAAAGACCUGUUCAGAAGGAUACAUCUGUGUCAUGAGAAUUGGGAGGACCCACAAAAGUACUCUUUGAGGCCAGUUUCAACAAGAUAUCACGGCUGCACAAAACGUGAGCACCGAAGGGCUGCUCCAGUGUAUACUAUGUUAGCUCACACUAACGCACUGUAACGUGCUCGAAAAAGAGCACCCAGCUAGCUGCUUGAUUACACCGAGGGGUGCUGCCGAUGGAUUGGAGCUGUGGGGGUUUCAUACCCUUACCAAAUUUGUAUACUAGUUUCUGGACUCUUGACGGAUGAACUCUGUUAUCGGUCGUGGUAACAACAAAAACUCCGAGCAGGAAUGAUUUGUUUCGUUCAUCAUUAUAAGGUGGGGCAGUGUCGUAUAAACUACCCAGGAAGCUGGAUAUAUCUUGGAGAGAAACUAGCAGAUAUCAUAAUGUGAAGUCAAUACUUGCGCCAUUUGGUGGAUUAUGUGUGCUGACUGCCUUAACUUCUUUUAGAGAUACUUCAUGCUGACUAAUAGGUGUAUAGGUUUGUUCUUAGAUCUAAUUAAGCCUCCUUUUGAUAUUUCGGAACACAAGCAUGUCCAAGUUUUGGGGUAGAAAAUUUUGACAGCAUAUACUGUAUGUAGAAGAUAGUCACAUGCCAGAGUUAGCUGAUACAGUACAUCAUACACAGUUGUGUAUCUUCCUCGAUGACAGAAUCUCACUGACUGUAAGGUUCAGUGCAAGUAUAAUGUUGCCUAUAUGUAUAGAAGAAUCCGUUGAGACCCACAAAGAGAAACAGCCAUUUUGUACUAUGUGUGAUAUUUGCAUAAUAAUGUAAUACUUUGCCUCGACUUCUCA